AAGGAAAAAUCAUCCAAAGAGGCUGGGCUGAUGGAGUAAAUCCAGUCCCAUUAUUUUGGGCCCCCAAAAAGUAGUAGUGGCCCAUAUCUCUUUGCCGCGCAAUCCCAAAAAGGGCGGAGGGCUCCUAAAAUAUCAGCAAGCGUGCUGUUGGACUUGCGUUCACACACGGCAGAUCAUAUUGUGAGAACUCAAGCGACCCAUUUUCCGAUUUCUCAAAAUGGAUCCCGACGCCGUCGCGAAGGCAUUCGUCGAGCACUACUACUCCACCUUCGAUACCAAUCGUGCUGGCCUUGCUAAUCUCUAUCAGGAAAGUUCUAUGUUGCAUUUUGAAGGUCAGAAGUAUCAGGGAACUCAAAGCAUCGCUAGUAAGCUCACCGGUCUUCCUUUUCAGCAGUGUAAGCAUCAGAUCAAUACAGUUGAUUGUCAGCCAUCUGGUCCUGCUGGCGGCAUGCUUGUUUUUGUUAGUGGUAAUCUUAGCCUCCCCGGCGAACAGCACGCGCUCAAGUUCAGUCAGAUGUUUCACUUGAUUCCAACAGGUCAAGGAAGUUUCUAUGUGCAGAAUGACAUAUUUCGCUUGAACUAUGCUUGAAGGGUUCCGAGUUGAAUUGUCUCUUGGUCAUGUUUUCUUGAUUGAUUUGGCAAAGUUAGCAUUAUAGCAAGAUAUUGCUUCCAUUUCAGUGAUGAGACUUGUUUUCCCGUAAUGGUUUGGUGAAUUGAUUGAUGGUGUUGGCAACAGUUUGAAUUUAAUGGAAUUGAAUUAGGCCCGUCUUUGCUGCCUGAUGUUAUUUUCUUA